AUGGCUUCCUAUAAAUCUAUUUUAGAUGGACUUCUUGAUUCAGUGUCUAAUAUUGUUGUUGCUAAGAUACGUACAUUAAAAUAAACAUACAAUGAUUCAUCUUUAAAUCGAUUACCUGCAAGUAGUGAUACAAAGUUAUCAUUACUUGGAUCAAAAUAAUUUCAAAUACUUGCUAAUCAAGUUGAACAAUUUAUGUAGAGUAUUUCUCUAUCAUAUUACUAAAGAAUUACUAAAUGAAUUCAAUCAAGACUUAGAAGAACAAUAUAAACAUUAAAUAAAUAAGCAAUAUUAAAGACCGUUAACAGUAAAUACAUAACUAAAUUAGGGUACAAAUGGUUAAGAAUGUCAAAGAGAAUAAAUAAAAGAAGAAUAAGAAAAAGGACUUGUCAUAAUGUUCCAUAAUAAGCAAUCAGAUGAUGGUGAAACUACUCUCAAAGUAAUAAUAUUCAUUUAAUACAGUUCAAUCAUCUCAAAGAUUUUUUAUACUAUGAUAGUAAAAAAGCUAAAUAAGUUUAAAAUUUAUCAAUUGAAUUCAAAUCAUAAGGCAUGACUGAUAAUAACAUGGAACAUUUUAUGAAAAAAUUCAUUCAAUUUUAUAAUAUUGAACAUUUGAAAUUAAACUUAGGAUGGUAUAUAUAUUAUAAUAUAAUAAGUAACUCAUUGACUGUUAUUGGAGCUAGAUAAUUAGCUGGUUGUUUUACUAAUUUAAAUCAUUUAUCUUUUAUGGAUAUUUCACUUUAUAAUAAUAAAAUUACAUGGGAAGGAAUUGAUGCUUUAAUGCAUGCUUUUAAACACCUAAACAAUUUAAAAGAUUUAAAUUUGGAUGUAUCCUGUAAUCCAAUAGGAAAUAAAGGAUUUGUAAUUGUUUCUAAAGCAUUACCUGAAAUGAGGAGAUUACGCAAAUUAUGGUUAUCUGCUUAUGAUAUAGGAAUUAAUGAUGAAUCAUUUAAAAUAUUUAUCAAUGAAUUUUCUAAAUUACCUUCAUUAUUAAUAGCUAAAUUUGAUUUUAAAGUGUAAGAAUAUUAAUUUUUAUAUUUAGUAAUCCUUUUAAUAAGAAAUUAAUUCAAGAAUUGCAAAAGAUGAUUCAUGAAAAAAAGAUUAAUAAUUAUGAGAUAUUAGUAUGA